AAAAAUCGUCAGCCUCCAUAUAUUUAUAUAAAAAAGGAGAAAGAGAAGAAAAAGAUCUUUUUGUUUUUUCUUUGUGCUUUCAAAUUAACAAAGUGGCCGACCAAGUCGUUGCCGUCGCCAAGUUGCGCUGAAUUUUCGUUAGUGGAGCAUAUCGGAUUUGUGCAGGCCGUUCGCCACUUUCUAAACGAUUUUAUUUUUAUGUUAAUUUAUUUUGAGAAAUUUUUAAAAAGAGAAGAAUAAAAUAUAAUAAAAAAUGCUUUUUAUUUAGAAGAUCAUAAUAAUAAUGUUGUCGUUAUUGUUGUUGCUGUUUUUGAUGUUAUUAUUGCAAAACAACAACUGUCCAGAUUUUUGGCUACAAAAAAACAAAUAAAAUAUUUAUGUUAAGAAAAUCACUUAAUCUGUGAAACGAGUACAAAAUAAAUAAAUAAAAUAAAAAUUAAAAAUAAAAGAAAAGUGAAUGUAAACGCACGACAUAGCGCUGAGGCGCUUGCAUGUGUAUGUGAAAAUUUGUGUGCGUCUAGUUUUUGGAGCUUAGGGUGCCACAACCAAUGGCAUCUUUUAAUACCACUGUUACAGCUGCAGAUGUGUUGAGCUCUACGGUUGCCGCCGGCGGCGCUGGUACUCAACAUUCUCUCCAUCAUCAUAAUCACCAUCACCAUCAUCAUCAUCAUCAGCAACAUCAUCACAAUCAUAAUCAUCAACAGCAGCAGCAGCAGCAGCAUCAUCAUCAUCACCAGCAGCAUCAUCAUCACUUUGAACGCACUACUACUACAACGGCCGCAGCUGCUACGGCAGCAACGGCAUUUCUGGUGCCAGCUUCUUCGAGCGCUUUGCAAUUAGAUUCCCUCGUGACGGCUACUCCCCAUUUCGUUAAUUCCGUGGCAGCUCCCACCCCGGGUUCAUUAGCCCCUCAUGCGGCGGCUAAUACCUCUUCUUCAUCGUAUACAUUUGUGCAAAUAAAACGCGAACCUUGCCAAGUCUCCGAAGUAACUACUUCUAAUAAUAAUUGCCAUCAAUCGUUGACCACUACUACACAUCAUCACGGACUUGGCACUAUAGCAUCGGGUUCUUCUGCCUCUUCAGCUUCAUCGUCGUCCUCGUUAUCAUCUGCGUCAGCUGCUGCUACAUCCAAAACUAUGUCCUCAUCUACGCUCACUACGUUGGUCAAAAUAGAGGCUUCUUCACCUAAAGUGCAGGAAUUGGAUAAAAGUCAUGUGACAAAUGCUUUGCAGACGCAGAGCGCUGCAAAUAUCGUCAACAGUUCAAAUAAUUCUGUGCCCAUCGGCAUAGCUGUGGCGCGAAAACGGCCGCAAGAGUCUACGGCAGCCAGCAACAUGCCACCGAUUCCUUCCGCUUUAUCAAGUUCCUCAACGUUGCCACUCUCUCAGUCGCUUAAUAAGGAUAUGAAUUGUUUCGGUAUACGCGUAGCAGAUUUAGGUGGUGUUGGCACCGGUUGUGGCAACAUUUACUUUACUGGUAACGGUGAUUUAAUGACUGGUUCUGCCGCUGCGGAAGAAUUGGGUAUAAGUGCGGCCAGUCUACAAAGUGUUAAUCGUGCUCCUUCAACUUUUUGGCAAUAUUCAAGUCCACUUCCCAUUGAAUCCGUGAUAUCCAUGUCUCCUGCCACAGUAGGCUUACAAUACUCUCGCGAGGCAAGUCGUGGUCAAGUAGUGUUAUUACCCGCUACAGCGACACCUUUAGGGUUAUCAAAUUAUCCAAUUCUAUAUACACCCACAGAUCCAUUUCAACAGGCGGCAGCGGCCUUUGUCUGGCCCUCGUAUAUACCGCAGGGUUCGGCACCGGCCACGUUGCAACCGCCACCAAAUUUCAUUUUUCCUUCAAUGAGUCCGCACUCGACGCUGCAAGCAGCCGCGGCGGCACCUUCUUACGCCACUUCAUUGCAAUUAUUGGGCUCAAAUUAUUUAACAGCCGCAGCGGCAGCGGCGGCAGCUGCAGCGGCAACUUCUACUCUAUGUCAGCACAAUCAGCAGACCAAUAGCACCAGUAGUUCUAUUAAUUUGAGUCUGGGAGCCACACCUUCGGGUAGUAGUAGUACAAUGAGCACGUCCAGUAGUUCGACUUCGACUACACGUUUUAUGAGUGUGGCUUCUGCAGCGACAGCUCAAUCAGUAAAUGAAAUUGGCCAUCAUAAAUCCGCACAUCAGAAAACUUUAGCACCAGCGCCGGGAACUCUUACUUUGACAACAGGGCCUCCUUUAGUGCCACCAGCACCACCGCCCCCUCUCUUAAUACCGCCGUCUGCUUUGAAAUUAGAAGAGUGGAGUGCUGGUGAAUUUAUGGCGGCGGCAGCAAAAACUACAACCACCACACUUACGGCAGCUGUCGCAGCGCCCCCACCACCUCCUUCCGCAUCUACUCCAUUUGAAAGCCGUGACAAAUUAUCUACUACGGCCAAUAGCACAACGAAUCUGCUGGAAUUAUCAAGUCCCGCUCAGGCUUUAAAUUUGAUGCGCUUGCCCACACCGCCAACGUCGGCUACUAUGGAAUCGGCCGCGGUGGCAGCAACAGCGGCUCCCCAACAUCUGCAACCUCAGUUACUUUUUCAAACCGCUGGUUCCUCUCCUACUCCAGCUUUACUAAAUCUUUCCGCUACUUUAAACCGAGUGACAGGAUCACACUCAUCGGUACCUACCACACUCACGUCCAACACAAAUAUUGGUUCGAUGCAAACGGGAUCUCUGAAUUCUAACGUUAAUUUUUUGAAUAGCAAUCAAAACUCAACAUCCACUUUAACGACUACUGUGGGUCCACCCACACCAUUAGCGGAUGACACAGCUAUUAAUUUUAAAACAUCCAACUUGGAAGCCACGUCACAAAUUGUGGUUGGUGUGCCAAGAGUCGUAACGCAAACAUUACCAUCCGUUCCUACGAUAACGGCCCCUCAGAUGCAAGAUGUGAACAUACAAACGGAUACUCCAGUAUGUAGUGAAGAUGAAAAUUCCACCUGCCCAUUAGUUAUGCAGCAACAUCAACAGCAGCAGCAAGAGCAGCAAAUAACAGUAUCCUCAAUAACAGCCGAGGUUUGUUCCACAGGCAACUGUACACCACCGCAGCUCCAAGCGGAUGAAAUAUAUCACGAUACAGAUGCUCAACAACCACUAGAAUUGAUAAAAGGUCAGACAGUAUUGGAAACUCCACCACAAGUAGAAAGCUCUACGAAUGUCAGCACAGAAGUGCUGGUAUCUAAGAUAGCAGGGAAUAAUUCUGAGCAGCCAACCGUAAUUGAUGAAAAGUGCAAUGAAAACCGACCUCCGACCCCUCCCAUUAGUAGUAGCAGUGCUCCCCUUCCUCCGUCUCAGUCAACUAAUCCUGAAGAUUUGACUGGUUUGGAAUUGUUAUCAAACAUUAGUACCAGCAGUUUAGUGAAACCAGGAACCAUAAGGGUAAAGCAGGAACCCUUGGAUCAUGUGCAUGAAGGAACAGCGGGCCAUGUUGUGCCGGAUCAGUCCCUUAUGGAUUCAAAUUGUCAACAAGCUGAACACCGUCAACAGCAGCAACAAUCACAUGCUUUCCUUCCACCAUCCACAUCACCUCAUUCUCUUUCCAAUCCUUUACCUCAUCAAGAUAAUAAUAACUUGCCGCCUCCGUCUCAUCAAGCUCCUCACAAUGUAGUCGAACCUUUAGGAGGCCUAAAAUUGUUAUGCGCUUUAGCUGAACAGCGCAUCCAAGAGGAAGAGGAAGUGCAGAGCAGUGGGCUUAACAGCAGCAGCACUAAUGGAAUGUUUCAGCAACCAAUCUCUUCUCCCCACAGCUUUUCCACCUCAUUCGCUCAGGCGAGUUUUAAUACAGGGCCAAGUAACUCUUGUGGGUCAUCGUAUGCCAUAGAACGUCAAAAUUCCAAAUUUCCUUCAAUGGAGGGUCUAGAAUUACCUUCCACUAACGGUGCAAAUUUUCCUUCGAAUGGUGACACUUUGGAGAUGCCAGUAAAACGUAAGAAACAUAAACAUCAUUCCAAGUCUUCAAAGUCCUCUUCGAAUGGUAGUAGCAGCAAAAAAUCGCAACGUUGCGGUAAAAAGAAUAAAAAGAAAUAUUCUAAAGAGAAGAAACGUCAUAAAUUAAUGGUGGGUGAAUGUUCGACAGCAGACCUUGAUUUUGAUGAUCCGCAAUUGCAGCAGGAAUUACAAAGCGCCUUCCAAAGUGCUGUGGAACCGAGCUAUCAACGUGUCAACAAAUGGCCGACGCCACAAGAGAUCUUCAAUAUUAUGGAGAGCAAUAUGCGAAUACGUUUGGCUGACAUCAGCCGUCAGUACCGCAAGAAGAAACGUAAACUCGAUGAAAUUUCUAAAAGUAAAAAGAAAAAAAAAUGUUCUAAAUUAGCAACUUCAACGUCGCCGGGGGUCCCUUUGGUUAGCAACUCAACGCUUUCUCUAGCUGUAGCAGCAGCGACUGGUAGCAAUAGUGUAGUUCCGGUGAGCUCAUCAGUAUCUAGCGGCGGUCUCUCGUCUUCGCCAUUGUGUGAUUAUAAAUUUGGAAAAUUUUCUACGAAAUCCUCGAACGCUACUGUUCCCGUUUCUAAUUAUUUAGCAUCUUCAAGUUUUAUACGCUUUGCGGAUUCAAAUAAGUCUCAAAAUCAUCUUCUCACCACACAUCCUCAAUUUCCACCGCCUGAUUUAGAAUUAGAAAGUGACACCACCUCUCAUGUCAACGUCAAUAACAGCAACACAUCUACUCCUGUAUAUAAACCAGUACGUCUGGAGCCUAGUACCUUAGCUGCCUCGGCGGAUCAACGUUCUACUGGUUCUAUUUUACGCUUAGCUCAAAAACAUCCAUCCUCCGAAAAGUUACCGCAAAUUGCUUGUAAAGAACGCAAAUUGGCCUCGAGUUGUUCGAGACGGUCUACCGAAGAAGAACAAGAUGGAAAUAAAAGUCAAAGAAAAGCGGCUAGUGAAGAUGAAAGUGCACAAUCGUUAGCGACCCCACAAAGGCGGACGAAUCCUUUAGAUAAUACUCUAAUGUUGACGCAAGAGCAUUUGUAUCGUAAAGAGACAAGAGUUCUUACCGAUAUGGGUGGUCUUUUCUACGCAGGUAUUAUGAAACCUUUACAACCGCCCGAUGUCUAUGCCAUAACGUUGGAUGGCGAACGUGGCAACAAAUCGCACAUUAUGUCACGGGAAGAAAUUUUUAAUGAUACGAUUUUGGAAGUCGCCCCAAAGAGUGUAGAAAAUGUACCCGUAGGAACUCGCUUAUGUGCGUACUGGAGUCAACAAUAUCGAUGUUUAUAUCCGGGUCGAGCAAUCGAAUCAGAGUCUUCCGAUGAUGGUGCUACUUCGCAAGAAUUUGUUAGUGUUGAAUUUGAUGACGGUGAUAGCGGCCGGAUCCGCUUACAAAAUAUACGCUUCCUUCUCAGUGAUUAUCCCAUAGUGGAGUACAACGAUAAUCCCCUCUACUCUUUAGGCAAACAAAAGAAAUCCAGUACUACUAAAUCAGGGAUCGUUAGUGGUGGUGGUGGUGCUGGUGUUGAGAUGACGCAACAUCACAAUGAUGAACAUCAUCAGUACCAUCAUCCGCAGCAACAACGUGUCAGCAUAUCGGCCAGUAAUUUUAAAGCCAGUGACAUUUACCAUGUCUCGGCCAUGGAGAUAUUUGCAGCGAAGCGUAGUGAAAAGAAGCGCAAUAAAAGUCUUAAGAAAAAAUCGCAAAAUGCAGUUAAUAGUACAGGCUGUAUUGCGACAUCAACAGGAGGCAAUAAUAAUGGCCUAUUGGAUUCGAGCACGAACGCGGGCGGAACUACUACAGAGUGCAGUCGCAAACAUCAUAAGCAUAAGAAACGGAAGAAGCAUAAAAAACAUCAUCAUCGCAAAAAUUUAAUAGAAGUUAGUAUCUCCUCAGAAGUGACGGCGCAAAACUCCUGCUACACAGCUACCUUCAUAAGUAAAUAUGAAGAAAGUCGUGUGAAUCAAUCGUCACAACCAGAUACACACGAAGAGGACGAGCAAGAGGAAGAAGAGACCGAAGACUUUGCCGAAGAACAACAUACGCUUACAGAGGACGCUCAAAUGCACGAGGUGCCAGCAAUAAAAGUGGAAUCGGCACCGGCCAUACCGGCUACGGUUAAAGUGAAAACGGAACAUAUGGAAAUGGACCAAGAGGAUGAAAGUACUUCGAAUCUUAUGUCAGAAAUUUCAGAUGAGACUAAAGGCGACGACGCGGUGGGACAUAAUAACUCGAAAGGCAGUAAAAUUGCAGCGUUUCUACCCGACCGUCAAUUAUGGGGUUGGCUAGGUAAAGCCUACCGUAAAGCGGGCGUCAAGGGUAGAGCACGAAAGCAAUUCUAUAAAACAAUCAAAAGAGGAAAAGAAACUAUAACAGUUGGGGAUUGUGCAGUAUUCUUAUCAACGGGUAGACCUGAUCGGCCAUAUAUUGGACGUAUUGAAUCCAUGUGGGAGACAACGUCUAGCAAUAAAGUUGUACGAGUCAGGUGGUUUUAUCAUCCUGAAGAAACUACCGGUUGUCCUAGCUUAAAAUAUCCGGGUGCUUUAUUUGAAUCGCCGCACGAAGACGAAAAUGAUGUACAAACAAUAUCGCAUCGCUGCGAAGUGUUACCGUUUGAAUGUUAUUUUGCAAAAUUUGGCGCCGAUUCAAAGCAAUAUCAAUCAAUAUACGAUAACAAUGAUACAUAUUACUUAGCAGGGAAAUAUAACCCAAGGUUAAAACUCCUGAAAAUACAAGACGAUAUUCCAACUCUUGAAGAGCAACAAAUUAUUAGUAAUACUACAACAGAUGUAACUACUAAUCUUACUACAACUACUACUACUACUACUAGUGCUACUACAAUUACAAAAAAUAAUAAUACUAAUGAUAAUAUGAAUGAUAAAGCAGCAGAGGUCUAAAAAAAAGUCCAUGAUUUUUAUUUUUUUUAUUUUUUAUUACAAUGAAUUUAUAAAAAUAACAAUUAUAUAUAUA